AUGCCUAACAUCCCCUCCCCUCCUUCGCCCGUCUCUUCAGGGAAGAAGAGACCCCAUCCUUCCGGCGACACAUCCCCGACUCAAUCCGAUCCCGCGACCUUAAAUACGGGACCCAACCCCUCCGCCCCAACCCUGCCCUCCGCGUCACCCGCUCUGUCCACCGCGCCUUCGACUACGACUAUCGCUUCCAACGCUUCCUCCUCUUCCUUCCGUAAUGUCUCUGCCUGUAACCGCUGUCGGUUGCGCAAAAACCGAUGCGAUCAGCGUCUACCGAGGUGCCAAUCUUGCGAAAAGGCCGGAGUUCGCUGUGUCGGAUAUGACCCCAUAACGAAGCGCGAGAUCCCGCGCAGCUAUGUGUAUUUCCUUGAAACUCGGGUCGCUCACCUCGAGAAGCAGUUGGCGGACCAUAACAUCGAGUUCAAAAAAGCCGUCGCAUUCGAUGAAGAAGAAGCUCUAAAAACAGAGACCGAAGGCGAUGCAGCUCAAUCAUCUGGCGACGGCCACCUUGGCGAGAAUCAAGACAAGGCACAGUGGAAGAAUAUCGCUGUGAAGGAAGAAACCGGUCCCGAUCAGCGACCAGUUGGAGAGCAAAAUCGUGAUACAGAGGGCAACCGAGAUCCCGAAAGCGAGGACAAUUGGCGUCUGCAUAAUCUGGUGUCAAAUAUUGGCAUGGUUUCGGUACAAGGAACAUCCGAUCCUCGAUAUCUCGGCUCAACAUCCGGCAUCUCAUUCGCUCGGGUCGUCUUUGCUGCAGUCAGAAGCUCAAUCCCGGGCAACCCGGAGCGCGGGCCACUUCGCACUGCUGAACGGCUACCCCAGACGGCUACUGGCUCGGGCGCAGGUAGUAUGCGCGAUUCAUUCUUCGGGCUUCAGACGAAGCCGAUGAUGAAGCGUGCGUCCUUCCCAGACCGGGAGCUCGCCGAGCGACUUGUUGAUCUGUAUUUCGAACACGCAAAUCCCCAAAUGCCUAUUCUCCACCGUGGUGAUUUCAUGGAGCUUUUGGACCGCACGUACCUGUUGGAAGAGAAGAAUCGCUCCCCGCGAGCUCUUUAUAUCCUGAACAUUGUGUUUGCCAUCGGCGCCGGAAUCAUUUUCGAUGAUAAACCCCAAAGUUCGGGUGACGAUAGCCGCGCUGGCCGUGAUCGAUCUUCAUCCACUUCCAAAAGACCGAGACUCUCAAAUCACCAGUAUCAGCCGGAGGAAUACCAUGCAUCUGCUAUUGUUCAUUUGGAAUCGUUCCUCGGUUCUUCUUCCAGCGAAGGGUUCGGUGGCUUGGAGGAGCUUCAGGCAGUGCUUCUUUUGGCCAGCUUUGCUUUGCUGCGACCGGUUGCUCCUGGUCUUUGGUAUAUCGUUGGUGUAGCGAUGCGCUUGGCCGUGGACCUGGGUCUUCACUACGAGGAUGGGAUUGGCCUUGACUCUGGAUCGAAAGACGGGAACCAGGUCCAGUCGCGCAUUGAUGCUCGUGAGCGAGGACGCCGUGAAUGGGUUCGCGAUCUGCGUCGCCGUCUGUGGUGGUGUGUGUACAGCUUCGACCGUCUCGUUGCCACCUGUGUUGGACGACCAUUUGGUAUCAGUGAUCAGGCCAUCAGCACGGAACUCCCAUCUAUGAUGGACGACAAAUACAUCACGAAAUCCGGCCUCUUGACGCCUCCCGAUGGAGCUCCCACCUACAAGCAUGUUGCUUUCCAAUACUUCAAACUCCGCCUCCUCCAGUCUGAGAUCCACGAUGUCCUUCAAUAUCAACAGGCACGCGCCAUUCGGAGACGCUCCCCGGAAAGCGCUGUCAUUCUUCCUCACGCCGAACUCACCUCCCCAUUCCUCCAAGGCUUCGAUUCCUUCCGCUCCUGGCGUCAUGAUGUCCACCGACGUCUUGUAGAAUGGCACGAAACGGCCCCAACGCGGGCUGAUACUGGCGUGAGAUUCUCCAUCGAACUUUUGGAGUUAAAUUACUGGCAGGCCAUCAUCUUGCUUUACCAACAGAGUUUGACCGUGCCUGCCGAGUUGGCCGGAGAACUCAUUCCGGCUGACGAUGUCUCCAGUCCUUCCUUUUCUAAUGUCGAUGAGGGUGACGAGGAGGAUCAUGUCUAUCUGAAUGUUGCUGAGGCUGGCCAGAAGGUUAUUCGCAUCUAUCGCCAGCUCCACCGGGUGCGAUUGGUCAACUACACGUAUCUUGCUACUCACCAUAUUUUCAUGGCUGGAAUCUCCUUUUUGUAUGCCAUCUGGCAUUCACCUCUCGUCCGAAGUCGUUUGACUCUCGACGAGGUGGAUUUCACUGUUCUCGCCGCCACAUCGGUACUGGGUGACUUGAUGCACAAGUGUCCCCCUGCUGAAGCCUGCCGAGACGCCUUCGAGCGGAUGAGCAAGGCCACGGUCCAGAUGUGCUUGUCCACCACCGGCUUCGGAUCACAGGUCGACAUGACUCGUGUGCACGCUGCUUCGCACGCGGCCGGCUCUUUGUAUCCCGGUCGAGCACGCCAGACAAUGGAUCAAAGACAGCGAGGCCAAGGCCCUCGGCGGUACACGCAAAGCCGCGCUCAACGGCCAGUCCCGAAAUUCGACAUGAAUCUAGCAGAUUUAUUCAACGAUAAUGCGCCACUGGCCGAUCGAUCCCGGUCCGAUAACAGACCUCCCGAACAAGCUUUCCCCGUCCGCCCAGAACAGGCCGAGUCAAUGGGCCCGGGCUUCUCUGCAGACCGAGCUGGUCGGUCAUUCGGGCAGCGCACUCCUUCCAUGGAGUACUUUAUGAAAAAUGAAAAUCCGACGUCCCCGCAAUCUGCACCGCAAUUCUACUACGGAAGUUCGCCGCAGCAGAGUGGCUCCCCAGGAAGCGUGGCUGCGAAUGGACCUCAUGCAAUUGCACCUGCAGACGCAGAGGCGCAGACGGGCAUCAGUCUCGAUUUCCUUGAAUUUGGAUCUGGCGAUCCCGACGCCCAACAUAUGGAAACGGACCCCAACGCGGAGUAUUUGGCUGCUAUGCCUCCUCUUGGGCCUAAUCUCGGCCAGAACGUGGGCAUUGACCUGGGCUUCGGCAUGGCUAUGGACUUCCAGCAUGACUGGAGCGAGAAUCCCAAUUAUGAUCUUCUGGAGGGGUAUUUCUUCGGCGGUUCUGGGCAAGGCGCUCCCGGUGGUGAUACUUAA